UUCCACUCCUGUGCGCGCUCCCAUUUCUCCUGCGUAACUUAGGAGGAAGUGUGUGUGUGUGUGUGUGUGAGUGUGUUUGCAAACCAACCAUGGAGAGAGUGAGAGACUACCUGAGGAUGAAGCUGGUGUUUGUAGCUGCUUUAGCGCUCUUUGCGCUCAGUUCUGUGGAUAGAGUGGAUUCUUCAGCCUACGACAAGAUAGUGACACACAGCCGGAUACGAGCACGACUGGAGGGGCCCAAUGUGUGCGCCCUGCAGCAGGUGUUGGGCACUAAAAAGAAAUACUUCAGUACCUGCAGGAACUGGUACAAAGGCUCCAUCUGUGGAAAAAAGGCGAUGGUUCUGUAUGAGUGCUGUCCCGGCUACAUGAAACUGCAAGGCAUGAAGGGCUGCCCCGCCGUGGCUCCUAUAGACCAUGUUUAUGGCACCCUGGGCCUGGUGAAGGCUGAUAUGACCCAGAAGUACUCUGACAUCUCCAAACUGAGGGAGGAGAUUGAAGGCAAGGGCUCCUUUACCAUGUUCGCCCCGAGCGACGAAGCCUGGGAACUCCUGAACCCUGAGGUUCGCAGUGGUCUGGUGAGCAACGUGAACAUCGAGCUGUACAACGCCCUUCACUACCACAUGGUCAAACGCCGCCUGCUGACCAAGGACCUGAAGAACGACAUGACUGUCACCUCCAUGUACAACAACCUGGGACUAUACAUCAACCACUACUCCAACGGGAUUGUCACGGUGAACUGUGCCAGGAUUAUCUAUGGGAACCAGGUGGCGACCAAUGGAGUUGUCCACGUCAUUGACCGUGUCAUCACCGCUGUGGGCAACACCAUCCAGGACGUUCUAGAAGUUGAGGAUGAACUCACCUCCUUCAGUGCUGUCGCAUUGGCUUCAGGUAUGAUGGAUAAGCUGGGCCAGCCAGGACACUUCACCCUGUUUGCUCCCACCAAUGAGGCCAUGGAUGCGCUUGGGUCCCGCUUCCUGGAACGCAUCAUGGGAGACAAGGCGAUCAUUGCUGCCCUGGUGAACUACCACCUGUUGAACAGCGUGCAGUGCUCUGAGGCCAUCAUGGCAGGCACCGUUUACGAGACAGCUGAGGGCAGCACCGUGGAGAUUGGAUGCGACGGAGACAGUCUGACAGUCAACGGUUUCAAGAUGGUGCUGAGGAAAGACAUCGUCACCACCAACGGAGUGAUCCACCUCAUCGACAAGGUCCUCAUACCGAACUCGGCCAAGGAAGUGAUGGAGUUGGUUGGUGAUUCCCAGAGCACCUACAAUGACUUGAUGUCAGAGCUCGGCCUGUCAGCUGCCAUGAAGUCAACGAAUGAGUACACUCUAUUGGCUCCUCAAAACCAUGCCUUUUCUAAUGAGGUGCUGUCUAUGGAUCAGAGUCAGCUGAAGAGGAUUUUGGAGAACCACAUCCUGUUAUCCAAAAUCACGCUGAGCGACCUCUACCAUGGACAGCGGUUGAAUACCAUCUCUGGGAACGUUGUUCGAGCCUUCAUUUACCGCACAGCUGUGUGCAUAGAGAAUGCCUGCAUGUUGCGCGGCAGCAAAGAGGGCAGCAAUGGAGCUCUUCACCCAAUGAAGUCUCUCAUUAAACCAGCCAAGACCACCAUGUACCAGGUUCUCAAGAAUGACGGACGCUUCAGAAUAUUCCUUUCUCUGAUGGAGAGUGCCGAUUUGUUGGAGCUUUUGAAACAGGAGGGGUCUUACACCGUGUUUGCCCCCACAAAUGAUGCUUUCCAAGGGCUUACACCCAAGGACCUGGCCCUGCUCACCAGUGACGUGAACGCCCUGCGGACGAUCCUGCUCUAUCACUUCAGCAACGGAGUGUUUAUCAACCAGGGACUGGAGGGAGGGGUCACCAACCUGCUCAAGACCAUCCAGGGUCACAACCUGCAAUUGCUGUCUGUGAACAACUCCAUCCAUGUGAACUCACUGAACGUGCCAGACUUUGAUCUGAUGGCCACCAACGGAGUGAUCCACGUGGUGAAGAACAUACUUUACCCUGGGGACCUGCCUGUAGGUCGUGAGGACCUGCUGGCACUGCUUAAGAGGCUUAUCAAGUACCUCCAGAUCAAGUAUGUUUCUGGAUACACCUACAGAGAAAUACCACUGACCUUCAUGAAGAGGACAGUCACCAAGACAACAACCCACGUUACACUAGAAUCCCAUUCAGAAUCAGGACCUGAUGUCACUCAUGUGACCAGAAUAAUUGAAGGACAGCCAAUCACCAAGGUUACCAGGGUCAUUGAAGGGGAACCAUCCAUCACCAAGGUUACCAGGGUCAUUGAGGGAGAACCAUCCAUCACCAAGGUCACCAGGGUUAUUGAGGGAGAACCAUCCAUCACCAAGGUCACCAGGGUUAUUGAGGGAGAACCAUCCAUCACCAAGGUCACCAGGGUUAUUGAGGGAGAACCAUCCAUCACCAAGGUCACCAGGGUUAUUGAGGGAGAACCAUCUGUCACCAAGGUCACCAGGGUUAUCGAGGGUGAGCCGACCUUCAACAAGGUGACAAGGCUGAUCGAGGGUGAACCAAGCAUCACCAAGGUUACCAGGGUCAUCGAUGGAGUGCCUUCCAUCACAAAGGUCACCAGAGUAAUUGAGACUCACAGUGGUUUCUCAGACGGAGGGGCAGAGACUGAUGAAGAAAUUAAGAGGAUUCUGGUAGAAGGACCGGAUUUCUCUAGGAUCACCACCUACCAGGGCAACACAGAAUUGAUCGACCAGGAGUCGGAGAAGAUCACCAAACUAAUCCAAGCCGGGGGCCAUAGAGGAGCCCAGGCCAACAGACCCCCAGUUGGGGUAAGGAGGAGGAAGACAAGGCUGGUGAGACGCCACAACAACCAAAGGCCUCGUGCAGCUUUGACCAAUCCAAACCAGCACAGACCAGUCCAAACCAAUUCAAGCCAGUAAAGACCAGUCCCUACCAGUCCAAACCAGCUAACGCUAGUCCAGACCAUUCCAAGCCACUGAAGACCAGUUAAAACUAGUAAAAGUCACCGUUUAGAUGCAUGUUAUUCAAAUCUGGACCUCCAAGCCACUUCCACUCAAUUUUUUCUUUACAACCCUCUAAUCAGGAACUUAUUUAAAAAUGUGACAACAGGUGACCGCAAUUAACUACUAUUCACAAGCACACAUGGGAGGUGUUUUGUACCACCAGGACUGGAGUUGUUUUGUACCACCAGGACUGGAGUUGAAUAGCUCUUCACUAGAAUACAAGUAAGCUUAAAAGAGAAAAAAAUGUGUCCCCCUUUAAAUCUGGUUGCUGUAGUAUAGACAUUAGGCCAGGAGCACAACAACAUGUGCAACAACACAAUAACACUCUCAGCUCUCCCGUAAUGGAACACUGAUGGGCUGAAAGAAAUAGGAAGAUCUACAACAAUCAGGCAAUCACUUGUUAGUAAGGUAUUAUAUUUUAUAUUUCUUUUAAAAGCAAAAAUACAUACUGGGCAGCGUUGAUUGAUGAACAAUGAAAUCCAAAGUGAAACAGAUGGGCUAAUGGUGACUUGCAUGAGUUAUGUCAUGUAUAAGAACGCGAAGAGAAUCAAAUACUUUACAUGUAAGUAAUGUACAGGAGGUGUGUGUAUGCAAGGAAAUCAACCUUCAGUAACUUUUCUGAACUUUUACUGUGGUAUAGAUCGGGAGAACGUUCAAAAUAAUAUUUUGACUCUGGAAAGAAUACAUUCUGUGCUGUUUUUUCUUCUCAUUGUUGAAGAUUGUUUGGGAAUACAUUAGGCUCGUUUUAUUAUGGUGCUGGCAUUCAGUAAUGUGCAUCCCAACCUAAAGAAAUGAACUAUCCUUAAUAUGGAUGCAUCUUUCAGUUAUUCUCUCUGGUAAAGGUGCUGUACCUUUGUGGAAAUGUAUUUACAAUUUACAACGACCACAUUGUUGUUCUUAUUUUUGUUCUUUUUAAGUUUUUCCAGUUUCUAAAGUUUUAUUCUACAAUUCAUUUGAUUUAUAAUUGUUGGUUUGUUUGUGGAUUUUAAUAAAGAUAUUUUGAUGUUGGAA